CCCUGCGAGUUAUACAACAUGGCGCUAGCCGCGCGCCCUUGGCGCCUUCUCCCUGUGGGAUGUAGCGCGGCCCGGGGACUUCGACUUCCGGCAGGUGCUGCCGGCAGCCUGGGGCAGCGCGUUCCUUGGCGACUCGGCGCCUCUGAGGUGAUGGGAAACUCAGGAACUUUCAAAAGAAGUCUAUUAUUUUCUGCCCUGUCUUAUUUGGGUUUUGAAACUUAUCAAGUCAUUUCCCAGGCUGUUUUGGUUCAUGCCGCAGCCAAAGUCUUCAAAAUUGAAGAAGUCCUUGAACAAGCAGACUACUUAUAUGAAAGUGGAGAAACAGAAAAACUUUACCAGUUGCUAACCCAGUACAAGGAAAGUGAAGAUGCAGAGUUACUGUGGCGUUUGGCACGGGCAUCACGUGAUGUAGCUCAGCUUCGUGGAACCUCGGAAGAGGAGAAAAAGUUCUUGGUAUAUGAAGCCCUAGAGUAUGCGAAAAGGGCACUAGAGAAAAAUGAAUCCAGUUUUGCGGCCCAUAAGUGGUACGCAAUCUGUAUUAGUGAUGUUGGAGAUUAUGAAGGAAUCAAGGCUAAAAUUGCAAAUGCCUACAUUAUCAAGGAGCAUUUUGAGAAAGCAAUUGAACUGAACCCUAAAGACGCUACUUCAAUUCACCUUAUGGGUAUUUGGUGUUACACAUUUGCUGAAAUGCCUUGGUAUCAAAGAAGGAUUGCUAAAGUGCUGUUUGCAACCCCGCCUAGCUCCACCUAUGAGGAGGCCCUGGGCUACUUUCACAGGGCAGAGCAAGUGGAUCCAAACUUCUACAGCAAAAACUUGCUCCUUCUAGGAAAGACAUAUUUGAAGCUGCACAACAAAAAGCUCGCUGCUUUCUGGCUAACAAAGGCCAAGGACUACCCAGCGCACACAGAGGAGGAUAAACAGAUACAGACAGAAGCUGCCCAGUUACUCACAGGUUUCAGUGACAAGAACUGAGAAUUUUUCAAUGAAGUAUCUAAGGAGCAUUGCCUUUUCAUCAGAUUUUAAAGAUAAUAAAUACAUUAACUAUA